ACAAGUUUGAGAAAGGGGUAAUGGCUGGAGAGAAGAAAAGUGUUCUUAGAGGUUGCAUCAAGUCUAGCAAAGGACCUUGGGUGAUUCACAGAACCUCCAAAGAUGGUGGUGUCUUCACCAAGCUCCGAUUCCCUUCUGAUAGAGAGCGUCAGAACAACAAGGAGAGGGAGCGUAAAAGGCGAGCAGUAGCCCACAAAAUUUUUGCUGGACUUCGAGCUCAUGGAAACUACCAGCUCCCAAAACAUGCUGAUAAUAAUGACUUGUUGAAGGCUGUUUGUGAGGAAGCUGGGUGGCAUGUUGAAGAAGAUGGAAAGAUCCAUAAAAAGGAUUCAUGGGUGAAAAUGCAAAGCUCCAUCAACAUUGAAUCAUGUCAACAAUCCCAUCAAGUUUCUAUGGUUGCUCAAUUUGAAGAAGAAGAAUAUUGUAGUUGUGAAUGUGAUGCAAAUUUAGAAAUGGAAAAAUCUCUACCAACGACUAUUUUCUGAAGAUUGAGCAUGGGAUCAAGAUGUGUAAAUCGUGGGCGAAGUGUUAGUUUUAGGUAGUAUAGUAUAAUUUUAGUAUUCUGUUGGAUAUGUGAUGUAAAAAUAUAUUUCUCUAACUUUGAAUUUUUUUUUAUAAUUAGAUUCAGUUAAUGAAUUAACUCUAUAAGAGUCAGUACUAUAUC